AUGAGAUUUUCGUUGUUACUCUCAGUCCUCGCAGCCUUCCAGGUAUAUACCCACAUUGUCGUUCGCUAUGGCGGAGAUGACAGCACCCCUAGUUCCCUGGGAAGCCGAGGGGGUCAUCUUAGUCUCAACCCACGUAUCUCCGGACUAUCUCACUAUGAAAAACGAGCUACCCGCUCCAAGUGUUCCGCCCAGUUCACGCUAUGGCGACGUACCAUGGUUUUCCCCGACGGCGACGACAUGAUGAGCUUCAUGAGAAACGAACUAGAUGACCCUUCGCGAAGACCCGUCAUCUGGGAGAAGCAUAUCAUGGGCCAGCCUCAGGAUAUGGCAACGGCCGAUUUCGCCUCAUUCAAAGAGGAGAAUAAGGCUUUCGGCUUUGGCACUGGUGGGCUCCUUCCAAAUGACAGUGAUCAAGGGUUUGACAGAGGGGGUAGAGGCCGUUGGGAUGAGAUCAAGUCUACAGUAGGCGGGCUCAUCCCUGAGCUGAAAGAAGAGGACCGAUGGGACGAAAUCAAGUAA